AAGGUUGAUGGACGAGUCGCAUCUGACUUCAAAAUAGAAGAGCCCAGCAGUCCACUGAUUUUGUGCUCUUGCGAAGCAGUUUGCCUGCUAGAUCGUCUGGAGAGUGGUACUGCGAAGAUCUCGCGCCAUUGCAUCUCCGCCAUAUUGAUCAGCCUCCGCGCCGAAAUAACACUCGCUCUGCCUCUCGCUCAGGCUGGAGGGGCGUCACCCCAAGCGCACACGCCCAAACGGCACGCCAUAAUAUUGCGAAUUCGGGAGCAGGAGGAGGCGAGAGGAGAGGAGAUGCGAGGUUAG